AUGGAGGAAAAGCAGCAGAGACAACAAAUGCAGAAACCAGAGACAGUAGGAGCCCGUACCACCAAGAGACAGCUACCACAGAUACCCCCGGGGAAGAGAAAAUCAAAAAAGACCACAGAACAGCGGCCACGCUCAAUGAAACGUGCAGUUAUUGAAGACUCUAGAGAUGGUAGCGAGGUAGUGUCUCCUCCUGGGACUAAGCCAAGGACUUUUCUAGGAUAUUCUAAUCCUUCAACAGAGCCUGAGGGAGAGGACUCCAGUGUAAUGGUUGCUGUUAGGAUUAGACCAUUCAGUGAAAGGGAGGAGCGUUUAGGAGCUAAACAAGUUGUCCGUGUCCUCAACUCAGACCUGACCAUAACGUCACCCAAAGACUCCAACAUUCAUCGGUUCCAGUAUGAUCACUGCUUUUGGUCCUUUGAUGACAUCCAAGCCUCUUUUGCUGAUCAGAAAACAGUGUAUAAUGAGAUAGCUAGACCACUGCUAGAUAAAGCUUUUGAGGGAUAUAACACUUGUCUCUUUGCUUAUGGGCAGACUGGCUCAGGCAAAAGUUACUGUAUAAUGGGUGAGCCCUCAGCCCUUGGUGUCAUACCACAGUUUGCUAAUGAACUGUAUGAUCGCAUUGAAGGGACUGCUGAUGAAGAAACUUCAUAUAAAGUUGAGGUCAGUUAUUAUGAGAUAUACAAGGAAAGGAUUCACGAUCUCUUGGCAUCAACCAAACACAAGAGCAAAACUCAUCUAAGAGUUAGGGAACAUCCAGUGACAGGUCCCUAUGUUGAAGACUUAUCAACAUAUGUUGCAUCUUCAUUUGCUGAUGUUGAGCGAUGGCUGGCACUGGGUAACAGGUUCCGAGCCACAGCUGCCACUGGAAUGAAUGACAGGAGCUCUCGCUCUCACUCAGUCUUCACACUAGUACUCACCCAGACUAAGGUGGGAAUAAUCCACUUUUAA